AUGGCGGACCAAAAUAUUUCACAGUACAAGUACUCGGCGAUGUCCAACCUGGUUCUCCAGGCGGACCGUCGUUUCAUCUCCCGCGUCAACGAUGAAGCCACCGGAGACCCAGAAUCGCUCGCCGGCCGUAUCGGUAUCCGGGAGAUGGGAUCAAGGAUAGCGCGCGAUGAUGCACCGAAGUCCAAGAAGGCCGUCGGCCCUGUCGACGUUGAGCGGGGUGCCAUUCGGGAGGGCGAGGAUGUCCUUGCGCGUGAACAGAAGAAGCGACAGAAGGGCCAACCCGCCCAAUAUCGCGGACAGGGAAUUCUGACCGCUGCCGACGCUUUGAUCGAAGGCCUCAAAUAUCGCCCUCGUACGCCAGCUACCCGAGCUACCUACGACCUAAUCCUCACAUUGACUGCGAGCCGUCUUGGUGACGUCUCACAUGAAGUUGUUCGAAGCGCCGCUGAUGCGGUACUGGAGAUCUUGAAAGAUGAGGAGAUGAAGGACUUCGAUAAAAAGAAGGAAGUCGACGAUUUACUUGGCACGUCAUUAGACCCGAAAGAGUUCAAUGAGCUUGUCAACCUCGGAAAGAAGAUCACGGAUUACGAUGCGCAGGACGAGGAUGAAGAAAUGGGCGAUGGUGUUGCUGGAGAAGACGAGGCCGAACUCGACGAACGACAAGGUGUUGCCGUGGUUUUCGACGAGGACGAGGAUGAAGAUCGCAUGGGUACUCUGGACGAGGUACAUGACGAGGACGAGUCUGAUGAAGACGAAGAGCAGGCCGAAUCUGGUGACGAGGCCACAGCGAAGGAAGCCUCGGGAGAUCUGCCUACAGAAGAAAUGGUCAUUGAUGGCGGAUUAUCCAGAGACGGGGAACAAGAGAAGACGGGCCUCAAAGUCCAUGCUCGCGAUAUUGAUGCAUACUGGCUGCAGCGUCAAAUUGGUGCCGCGUACUCAGAUGCCCACAUCCAGCAAGAAAAGGCCACCCAAGCACUUGAAAUCAUGGGUGGUAAGACGGAGGAUGGCUCGGAGAGGUCGCUGCGAGAUGUAGAGAACGACCUUAUGGAGCUUUUUGAUUACGAUUUUCCAGAGCUUGUUGCUAAACUCGUCAUGAACCGUGAUAAAGUCGUCUGGACUACUCGCUGGCGACGUGUGGCUGAAGAUGCCGACGCUCGUAACCUAGUCGAAAUCGAGAUGGUCGAGGCUGGACACCGCUCUAUCCUGGACGAGAUCCGAGGCAAGACGGCCCGUGAUGAUGAUUCAGGUCGCCCUGAAAAGAGGAUCAAGAUGGAUCUCAUGGACGUUGACAUGCCAAAUGCUCCUGCUGCAGAGCAAAAGCCUGCCGAUGGUGGGUUGGUUAGAGGACUGCAGCCCAAGCGAUUAAUCAACUUGGAGAAUCUCAUGUUUCACCAAGGAAACCAUUUGAUGACAAAUCCCAACGUCAAACUUCCCCAGGGUUCGACGAAACGGACGUUCAAAGGUUACGAGGAGAUUCAUGUACCGCCGCCGAAGAACAAGCCAGAGCCCGGAGAAAGGAAGGUUGCAAUCUCAGAAUUGCCUGAAUGGGCUCGCAUCGGCUUCGGAGAUGCGAAGGAGCUCAACCGAAUCCAGACCAAAUGCUACCCCUCCGCUUUUCAGGAUGACGGAAACAUGCUUGUCUGCGCCCCCACAGGAUCUGGAAAGACCAACGUGGCUAUGCUGAGCAUCCUUCGCGAGGUCGGCAAGAACCGCAACCCUCAGACGGGAGAGAUCAUGCUGGAUGACUUCAAGGUCAUUUACAUCUCCCCUUUGAAGGCUCUUGUGCAAGAGCAAGUCGAGAACUUUGGCAAACGUCUCGCCCCUUACGGUAUCAGAGUCGCAGAAUUGACUGGCGAUCGUCAACUUACGAAGCAGCAAAUCGCCGAGACUCAGGUCAUUGUCACAACCCCUGAGAAGUUUGACGUUAUUACGCGAAAGGCAUCAGAGACGAGCUACACCAAGCUUGUUCGUCUGGUAAUCAUUGACGAGAUUCAUCUGCUUCACGAUGAGCGAGGUCCUGUCAUUGAGAGCAUCGUCAGCAGGACUAUCCGUCAAGUCGAGCAAACUGGUGACCCUGUUAGAAUCGUCGGUCUUAGUGCUACUCUUCCCAACUACCGUGAUGUCGCAAGCUUUCUACGCGUUGACCCCGCCAAAGGGAUGUUCCAUUUUGAUGGAUCAUACCGACCCUGCCCUCUGAAGCAAGAGUUCAUUGGUGUCACAGAUAAGAAGCCUAUCAAGCAACUGAAGAUUAUGAAUGACAUUUGCUACAACAAAGUCAUUGAACAUGUUGGACAGAACAGAAAUCAGAUGCUUAUCUUCGUUCACUCUCGAAAGGAGACGGCAAAGACUGCCAAAUACCUCCGGGACAAGGCUCUAGAGAUGGAGACUAUCGGUCAAAUCCUAAAAAGCGACUCUGCAAGCAGGGCUAUCCUUGCUGAAGAGGCCGAAUCCGUAAAUGAUGCUGCUCUCAAAGAUAUUCUGCCUUACGGCUUUGGUAUUCACCACGCUGGUUUGAGUCUUGCGGAUCGUGACUCGGUCCAAGCCCUCUUCAAAGAUGGUAGCAUCCAAGUUCUUGUCUGUACAGCAACGCUUGCGUGGGGUGUUAACUUACCUGCGCACACCGUCAUCAUCAAGGGGACACAGGUCUAUUCUCCGGAGAAAGGUAGCUGGGUUGAGCUAAGUCCUCAAGAUGUUCUGCAAAUGCUAGGUCGAGCUGGACGGCCUCAAUACGAUACAUAUGGUGAAGGUAUCAUCAUAACCACGCAAGCUGAAAUUCAGUAUUACCUCUCGCUCAUGAACCAACAAUUGCCCAUUGAGAGUCAGCUUGUGAGCAAACUGGCAGACAACAUGAACGCAGAAAUUGUACUUGGCAGCAUUCGCACACGAGACGAGGGAGUCGACUGGCUUGGUUACACUUAUCUUUUCGUCCGCAUGCUGCGCUCUCCUGGUCUGUACAGCGUUGGCGCUGACUACGAGAAUGACGAUGCUCUCGAACAGAAGCGAGUUGAUCUAGUGCACUCUGCAGCUGUGCUCUUGGAGAAGGCCGGGUUGGUCAAGUAUGACAAGAAGACUGGACGACUGCAAUCCACGGAGCUUGGACGAAUCGCGUCACAUUAUUACAUCGGCCAUAACUCCAUGCUAACAUACAACCAACACCUUCAACCAUCUGUCGGUAACAUUGAGCUUUUCCGCAUCUUCGCCCUCAGCGAUGAGUUUAAGUAUAUUCCGGUCCGCCAGGAUGAGAAGCUUGAACUUGCUAAGAUGCUUGGCCGUGUGCCCGUCCCGGUCAAGGAGAGCAUCGAUGAGCCUCACUCCAAGAUCAACGUCUUGCUACAGGCGUAUAUCUCUCGACUCAAGCUGGAGGGUCUCGCCUUGAUGGCGGACUUGGUCUAUGUAACUCAAUCAGCUGGCCGUAUCAUUCGUGCGCUAUUUGAAAUUUGUUUACGCCGCGGUUGGGCCUCCGUGGCCAAAAAUGCCCUUGAUCUUUGCAAGAUGGCCGAAAGGCGCAUGUGGCCUACCAUGAGCCCGCUGCGCCAAUUUCCGCGAUGCCCUCGAGACAUUCUUCAGAAGUCAGAGCGAAUCGACGUGCCUUGGGGCAGUUACUUUGAUCUGGACCCGCCGCGCAUGGGUGAGCUUCUAGGCAUGCCUAGAGCUGGCCAAACUGUUUGCGAUCUGGUUUCCAAAUUCCCCCGGUUGGAGGUUCAGGCCCAGGUUCAGCCCAUCACUCGCUCCAUGCUAAGGGUUGAGUUGACGAUCACACCCAAUUUCGUUUGGGACGAGGAGCUUCACGGCACUGCCCAGGACUUUUGGAUCCUGGUCGAGGAUUGCGACGGGGAGGAGAUUCUGUUCCAUGAUCAGUUCGUUCUGCGCAAGGAUUACGCUGAGUCAGAGAUGAACGAGCACCUUGUCGAGUUCACUGUUCCCAUCACUGAACCUAUGCCCCCUAACUACUUCAUCUCUCUCGUCUCCGACCGCUGGAUGCAUUCUGAAACUCGCAUCGCUGUGUCCUUCCAGAAACUGAUCCUUCCGGAGAGGUUCCCUCCUCAUACUCCAUUGCUCGACAUGCAACGGGCCCCUGUCAAGGCUCUCAAGCGCGACGAGUACCAGCGGCUGUACAGCGACUGGGAAUAUUUCAACAAGAUCCAAACCCAGACUUUCAAGACACUUUUCGACAGUGAUGACAAUGUGUUCAUUGGUGCUCCCACGGGCAGUGGCAAGACUGUUUGCGCAGAAUUGGCAAUUCUACGUCAUUGGGCCCAAGAAGACAGUGGCCGCGCAGUAUACAUUGCUCCAUUCCAGGAGCUCAUUGACGGCCGACUUGAAGACUGGAAAAAGCGACUGAGCAACCUGGCUGGUGGCAAGAACAUUGCCAAACUCACCGGGGAGAUGACAGCUGAUCUGAAGAUUCUCGCCGGCGCAGACCUUGUUCUCGCUACUCCCGCCCAGUGGGAUGUACUUUCCAGGCAAUGGCAGAAGCGCAAGAACGUACGCGCUGUCGAGCUGUUCAUUGCCGAUGAGCUACACAUGCUUGGUGGAUAUGGUGGGUACGUGUACGAAGUUGUGGUCUCGCGCAUGCAUUCCAUUGCGCUACAGACUGAGAGCGGCAUGCGUAUCGUGGGACUCAGUGUUCCUCUUGCCAAUGCUAGGGAUAUUGGAGAGUGGAUUGGAGCGAACAAGCAUACCAUCUACAACUUCAGUCCUCACGCACGGCCAGUGCCCUUGGAGCUUCACAUUCAGUCUUUCAGCAUACCACAUUUCCCUUCAAUGAUGUUGGCAAUGGCUCGACCGGCAUAUCUUUCAAUUCUGCAGCUGUCUGCGGAUAAACCUGCUUUGAUUUUCGUGCCUAAUCGAAAGCAGACCCGCGCAACCGCUAUUGAUCUGUUGACGGCAUGCUCCAUUGACGAUGACGAGGACCGGUUCCUCCAUGCUGACGUUGAGGAACUGCAGCCGCUACUCAGCCGCAUUCAUGAGCGUACUCUGGCCGAAUCACUUUCGCAUGGUAUUGGAUACUACCACGAAGCUCUAAGUCAGACUGACAAGCGCAUUGUCUGUCAUCUGUACAACAUCGGUGCAAUUCAAGUGGUCAUUGCCUCCCGCGAUGUUUGCUGGGAACUCAACCUCACCGGACACCUUGUAGUCGUCAUGGGCACUCAGUUCUUCGAAGGCCGAGAGCAUCGCUACAUUGACUAUCCUAUCAGCGAGAUCUUACAAAUGUUUGGCAAAGCGUCUCGCCCUGGUCAGGAUAAAAUUGGCCGAGGUGUUCUCAUGGUCCCAACGGUCAAACGUGAAUACUACAAGAAGUUCCUCAACGAGGCGCUACCGGUGGAGAGUCACCUGCAGUUGUACAUGCACGAUGCGUUUGUUACCGAGGUCAGCCAGGGGACGAUUGCCUCUACUCAAGACUCCGUUGACUGGAUGACGUACACUUACUUCUACCGCCGCCUCCUGGCCAAUCCCAGCUUCUACGGUCUCACUGAUGUCAGUCACGAGGGGCUGAGUACAUUCCUGUCUGAGUUAGUGGAGAACACUCUGAAGGAGCUGUCUGAAGCCAAGAUCAUUGAUCUGGACGAAGAAGAUGACAGUGUUUCGCCAUUGAACGCUGCUUCAAUCGGCGCCUACUACAACAUUUCAUACAUCACCAUGCAGACCUUCCUCCUCUCCUUGUCAGCACGGACAAAACUCAAGGGCAUUCUGGAGAUUGUCACCUCGGCUACAGAAUUCGAGUCUGUCCAGAUGCGCCGCCACGAAGACCACAUCCUUCGCCGGGUGUACGACCGUGUCCCAGUCAAGAUGUCGCAAGCCGCCUACGACUCACCGCACUUCAAGGCCUUUGUGCUGCUGCAAGCUCACUUUUCACGCAUGCAGCUGCCUAUCGAUUUGGCUAAGGAUCAAGAAGUCAUUGUUAGCAAAGUUCUCAACCUUCUCAGUGCUUGUGUGGAUAUUCUUGCCUCGGAUGGCCACAUGAAUGCCAUGAACGCGAUGGAGAUGUCACAGAUGGUGGUUCAGGCUAUGUGGGAUCGUGACAGCCCGCUCAAACAGAUCCCCCAUUUCAGCCCUGAAGUUAUCAAGGUUGCCAAUGAGUACAAGAUCAAUGACAUCUUCGAGUUCAUGGAUGCGAUGGACCCGUCCGAGAACAAAGACUACAACACCUUGAUCAAGCGUCUGAACCUUGACAACAAACAACUGGCGCAGGCAGCUGCGUUCACUAACAACAAAUACCCCAUUCUUGAACUCGACUUUGAGGUCGAGGACCCAGAGAGCAUCACCGCGGGUGAACCUGCGUAUCUUAAGAUCAAGGUCGAGCGGGAGGUGGACGAGGAUGAAGAGGUCGACACCACAGUUCACGCGCCUUUUUACCCCAGUCAGAAAAUGGAGAACUGGUGGUUGAUCGUUGGUGACGAGAAGACGAGGAGUUUGCUUGCGAUCAAGCGAGUUACUAUCGGUCGCAAGCUGGAACUGCGCCUCGACUACACUGUGCCCACGCCUGGUGAGCAUGAACUAACGCUGUACCUGAUGUGUGACAGCUAUGUUGGCGUGGAUCAGGCUCCCACGUUUACCGUCAGGGCUGCUGAGGGCAUGGAAGAAGAUGAGAGCGAGGAAGAGGAAUGA